AUGGCGGCUCAUCGCUCUGGCCCGCUUAAGCAGCAGAAUAAAGCUCAUGAAGGCGGGCGGCAUCGGGGUCGGGGAUCCGCGCAGCGGGACGGCAAGGGCCGUCUAGCACUGAAAACCCUAAGCAAGAAGGUGAGAAAAGAUCUCAGCAAAGUGGACCAGAGGCAUCGCGCCAGUCAGCUCCGAAAGCAGAAGAAGGAGGCGGUUUUGGCAGAAAAGAGACAGCUCGGCAGCAAGGAUGGCCCUCCUCAUCAGAUACUGGUGGUUCCCCUGCACAACAGGAUUUCCCUGCCAGAGGUCUUUCGACUGCUUCAGGAUAGGGACACUGGAACAGUACACUUGAAUGAAUGGGGAAGCACCCAUAGCUUUAUGCUGUUAUGCCCCCGCUUGAAACAUCGGUGGUUUUUUACAUCUGCAAGGCCAGGGGAUCUGCACACUGUGUUAGACAUGGCUAAAGUGGCUGAUACCAUCCUGUUCCUCCUUGAUCCACUAGAAGGCUGGGAUAGCACUGGGGAUUACUGCCUUUCCUGCCUCUUUGCUCAGGGCCUUCCCACUUAUACAUUAGCUGUCCAGGGGGUUUCGGGCUUCCCACUGAAGAAACAAACAGAUGUCAGGAAGAAGCUAAGUAAAGCAGUGGAGAAGCGCUUUCCUGAUGACAAACUCCUCCUGUUAGGCACUCAACAGGAGGCAGGGAUGCUGCUCAGGCAGUUGGCUAACCAAAAGCAACGGCAUCUUGCCUUUCGAGAUCGGCACGCCUACCUAUUUGCUCAUGCUGCUGACUUUGUGCCUAGUGAAGAGAAUAACUUGGUGGGCACCUUGAAGAUCUCAGGCUAUGUUCGUGGGCAGGCUCUGAAUGUAAAUAGCUUGCUGCAUAUCAUUGGACAUGGUGAUUUCCAGAUGAAACAGAUAGAUGCCCCUAUGGACCCUUUCCCUUUAAAUCCUAGAGUAAUCAAAUCCCCAAAGGACCCAGGCAUGGCAAUGGAGAUUUGUGCUACAGAUGCUGUAGCUGAUAUGGAGGAAGACCUGAAGGUCCUAAUGAAGGCAGACCCUGACAGACAAGAAUCUUUGCAAACAGAGGUUAUCCCAGAUCCAAUGGAGGGGGAACAGACCUGGCCCACGGAGGAGGAGCUGAGUGAAGCAAAUGACUUAUUGAAGGAAAGUUCCAAGGUAGUAAAGAAGGUUCCCAAAGGAACAUCCAGUUAUCAAGCUGAAUGGAUUUUGGAUGAGGAUGGCGAAAGUGGUGGGGAAGGAGAUGAGUAUGAUGAUAUAGAACAUGAGGAUUUUAUGGAAGAGGAAUCUCAGGAUGAGGGUAGUGAGAAGGAAGAAGAGGAGGAAUGUGAAACUGUGACUAUAGGAGAGUCCGUGCAUGAUGAUCUGUAUGAUGAGAAAGUGGAUGAAGAGGCUGAGGGGAAAAUGCUGGAGAAAUAUAAACAAGAAAGACUGGAAGAGAUGUUUCCAGAUGAAGUAGAUACGCCCCGUGACGUGGCUGCUAGAAUUCGAUUUCAGAAAUACAGAGGCCUCAAGAGCUUCCGGACAUCUCCAUGGGAUCCUAAGGAAAACCUCCCUCAAGAUUAUGCUCGGAUCUUUCAGUUUCAGAACUUUAUUAAUACUAGGAGACGCAUCUUUAAAGAGAUUGAAGAAAAAGAGUUUGAAGGAGCUGAGGUUGGCUGGUAUGUCACACUUCAUGUCUCUGAAGUCCCUGUCUCAGUGGUUGAGCACUUCAAGCGAGGUGCACCCUUGAUUGCAUUUUCUUUACUACCUCAUGAACAGAAGGUGUCAGUACUUAAUAUGGUGGUGAGCCGGCACCCUGGCAACACUGAACCUGUGAAAGCUAAAGAGCAGCUGAUCUUGCACUGUGGAUUCAGGCGCUUCCGAGCCUCACCUUUAUUCUCUCAGCACACUGCAGCGGAUAAACAUAAAUUUCAGAGAUUCCUGACUGCUGACUUGGCCCUGGUGGUGACAGUAUAUGCCCCUAUCACUUUUCCUCCUGCAUCUGUGAUGCUUUUCCAACAGCACAGCAAUGGAAUGCACAGCCUCAUUGCCACAGGCCAUCUGUUGUCAGUGGAUCCAGACAGAAUGGUCAUCAAGAGAGUUGUUCUGAGUGGUCAUCCUUUCAAAAUUUUUACUAAGAUGGCAGUGGUGCGUUACAUGUUCUUCAACAGAGAGGAUGUGCUGUGGUUUAAGCCAGUGGAACUUAGAACAAAGUGGGGCCGUAGGGGACACAUCAAGGAGCCUUUAGGUACUCAUGGCCACAUGAAGUGCAGUUUUGAUGGGAAGCUAAAAUCUCAGGACACAGUACUGAUGAACCUCUAUAAAAGAGUUUUCCCCAAAUGGACUUAUGAUCCAUAUGUACCAGAACCAGUACCUUGGGUGAAAAGUGAGAUUUCUUCAACAGUGCCUGAAAUGGACAUGGAAUAAUGGAUUCAGUGGGAUUCUGUCUCAUUGCUACUAGUUAGCACUCUAGGGUUGGGAGCCUGUAGGUUGUGAUUGGGCAGUUUAUGUUUUCUAC